UUUUUGUUUUAUAAAAAAUUCUUCUCGCACGUGUAUUUUGUGACAGCAGAAUAUUAUUAUUAUUCUAUUUAUUUUUUAUAAUUUAAAUAAUAAAAAAACUAUGGAUAGCGAAGAUUUAGAUAUGGAAGUCGUUGCUCCAGAGGAUGCCGAGAGUGAUAUGGAGGCAAAUGAGAGCGAUGGUGAACAGGAGGAAGGAAAAAAAGAGGUUUAUUUGCCCGGUAAGCCCUUGGAAGCGGACGAAGAGUUGGUAUGUGAUGAAUCAGCAUACGUUAUGCUACAUCAAGCCUCUACCGGAGCUCCCUGUCUUAGUUUCGAUGUUAUUGCCGACGAGUUGGGAGAGAAUAGAGAAAGUUUCCCUUUGACAUCCUAUAUGGUGGCUGGUACACAGGCUGCAAGAACACAUGUCAAUAACUUAAUUGUAAUGAAAAUGAGUAAUUUACAUAAAACCCAAGAAGGCGGAGACAAAGAUGGAGAGGAUGAUGAUGACGAUGAAGAACUGGAUGACGAUCAAGACGACAUUGCUGACAAAGAUGAAUUAAAGAAACCUCAAAUGUCUUGUGCGCUCAUUAAACAUCAAGGUUGUGUUAAUCGUGUACGUUCGAAACGUAUUGGUAAUACAGUAUUUGCUGCCUCUUGGAGUGAAUUAGGUCAUGUAAAUAUUUGGAAUCUAUCACGCCAAUUGCAAGCAAUUGAAGAUACUCAGCUGCUGAAGCAGUACGAAAGAGAAGUAGCUAGUGAAGUUGUGAAACCAGUGUUUAAAUUUAGUGGUCAUCAACAGGAAGGAUUUGCUGUUGAUUGGAGUCCAUGUGCCGAUGGUGUUUUGGCUACAGGCGAUUGCAAACGUGACAUUCACAUUUGGUCUCCUUUGGAAGAUGGAACAUGGAAAGUAGAUCAGCGUCCUUUAGUUGGUCAUACGGCAUCAGUAGAAGAUUUGCAAUGGAGUCCCAAUGAACGCAGUGUUAUAGCCUCAUGCUCUGUAGACAAAUCUAUACGCAUUUGGGAUGUCAGGGCACCACCACAGAAGGCCUGCAUGCUGACUUGCGAAAACACUCAUCAAAGCGACGUUAAUGUUAUAUCAUGGAAUCGUACAGAGCCAUUCAUAGCCAGUGGUGGAGAUGAUGGCUUUUUACACAUUUGGGACUUGAGACAAUUCCAAACUAAGAAGCCCAUCGCUACUUUCAAACAUCAUACCGAUCAUAUUACCACCGUCGAAUGGAAUCCAAGAGAUGCCACAGUUUUAGCAUCAGGUGGAGAUGAUGAUCAAAUUGCUCUAUGGGAUUUGGCUGUCGAAAAAGAUAUUGAUCAAGAAGCUCAAGAAAUGGAAACACAAAAUAAUGAUGAUCUUCAAAAAUUACCACCACAACUUUUGUUCAUACAUCAAGGCCAAAAGGAAAUAAAGGAAUUACAUUGGCAUCCCCAAUUGCCUGGAGUUAUUCUAUCAACGGCCCAUAGUGGUUUCAAUAUAUUCCGUACAAUAAGUGUUUAAAAUCAUCUCCUUAAAAUUAAAGUCAUUUUAGUAAUACAUUUUGUUUAUUAUAUUUUUUGUAAAUAUGUUUUAUUAAGAGUUUUCCUACAAAAAAAAAACACUGGUUUUUUAAUCUGAUUUUGGACUAUCUGCUUCUUGAACUCUGACGUUUUCAUGAUCCUCGUCGUCAUCAUUUAUUAGCAUGGCAGUGUUAAUUAAGUGACGCAUGGUGGGGCGACCAUGAGGACAAUUCUGUAAAGUAUGUAAUAGUUGAGAUUUUUAUUGUAUAUUUAAAUAAAUAUUCCUGCUAAAUACUAAAAAACUA